GCUGUCCGCAAGCGCAGGAGACGCACUGCUGCUGGUGGCGCCACCGACGACUGCUUCACAUGUGCCAAGAGGACUGUCAAGUGUGAUCGACGACGGCCCUACUGCUCGCCAUGUCUCGAGAUCGGCAACGAGUGCUCCGGAUAUAAGACGCAACUUACUUGGGGUGUCGGCGUUGCCAGUCGAGGCAAGUUGAGGGGGCUGUCUCUCCCGAUAGCCAAAGCACCCCCCGUGGCCAGCGUCUCGAAGAAGUCACCUAGUGCAAGGGCGCGAGCGAGCUCGACCGCGACUAGCAGUGCCUGGAGUGACACGGACGAGACGUGUAGGACAACCAUGCCUGACGAUGUCGACCUAUCGCCGCAGCAUAUGAGCUCAAACCCCACCACCCCCUACCCUCAUGCCUACGACGUCCUAGCCAUGAGCCAUCCCGAGCCCACGCGGCCUCUAUCUGAUGCUAGUCACUGGAACGGCCUGCCCUAUUCGAACAGUGUCCCUACCGAAGGCCCGAGCUACCGCAAACUCGGCGCCCACUUGGGCCCUAUCGCCAUCCCCGACUCCCUCUCGUCCUCGGUUAGCGAGGUCGACUACCUAUCGCCCGUGAGCCACUCGUAUCCGCGCGAUGACAUCCCAUUUCUCCACAGCCCCAACGUCAUGUACGACAACUUCAGCGGCCACGGUUCCCCCAUCGCUCAGAGCCCCGGUUCUACCAUUCUUAUGGAUCAGAGGGCGCCCACUUCGUGUCCGAGCCUGGUCUACGCAGGUUCGGACCAGAGCUCCAGCCUGCACUCGCACAUGGACAACUUCGAGACCCAACUGAGCCAAAGACUCAUGGCGGAAUGUGACAGCCUGAGCGUCCCUGAGAUGGAUGCAUAUAGCACCAGCUGCAACUCCAACGGUCCAGUAUGGCCGUCACCGCCUCCGGAAGACAUGUCACCGCCUCCCUCUGAUCCGACUCCAGCACGAUGGCCUACGGUUUUUGAGCCACAGCCUAUCCGUGUGAGCCAGGAGCUCAUCUCCAAGAUGCCCUUCUUCAUGGACUAUUACAAGCACACCAUGUGCCAAUCCAUGGUCCUCAUCGACGGUCCCAACAACCCGUACCGAGACCACAUUCUGCAGCUCGCGGCGAGCAGCCAGAGCCUCCAGCACGCCAUUUGCGCGCUUUCGGCCUGCAACCUGCGGAUGAAGCGGCGGCUCAGCCUGGGUCAGGGCACGCGGGAGCUUUCCGAGAAGCUCAUGGCGGAGAAGUCGGCAGCCGACGGCAUGACUGACCCCACACAAUCCCCGUCCCAGUCCCAACCCGAAGACCAGUCCCUCUCGGAGGAAUAUCAGCACCGGAACCUCGCGGUGCACCUCCUCAACCAGCAACUCAACGAUCCGGCCAAGUCCAGCCACGAUUCGGUGUUGGCUACCAUCCUCCUCCUCUGCCACUACCGCAUGGUGGAGUCGGGCAUUGCUAAAUUCCACACACAGUUCGCCGGUGUGAAGAAGAUCCUGGCCAUGAGGCGGCGGUCGCAGCAGUCCAUGGGACCGACGCGUGACUCGGCCUGGAUGGAGGCCAUCUUCACCUACUUCGACGCCAUCUCGGCCAGCAUCAACGACCGCGAGGCACAGCUCAACACGAAUUUUUACGGCGUCAUGCCGGACGCGCCCUUGCUCCCACCGGGCGCCGAAAACCUCGUAGGCUGCGACAUCGAGCUGUUCAAGACGAUCAGCAAGCUGGGCAGGCUCCAUCUGCUCUCCCAACAUCGGCCGGUGCAGAACCUUGUCACCAACGGCUCGACACUUCCCCGCAACGUCCCAUCCCGAUCGCAGUCUCCUUUGAACCCUCCGUUGGGUCACGCUCACAAGGGGAGCAUCGGGCACCUGCACCAGCACCAACACCAGCACCAACACCAACACCAGCACCAGCACCAACAACACCCACUGAACGAGUUGUACAACAUGCCGGGCCACCACCGGUUCGACGGAAACGGAUUCGGGUCGACAUUGGACGACGAGGAACUCCUCUCGUCGGCGGUUUGUUCGUCGACGUCAUACGACGAACAGCGCAGCAACUUCUGGCACGAGUGGAAGGACGCCCGGCUGGCGCUGCAGAGCUGGGAGUUCGACACGGCGCGCCUGCAGGCCUCGUUGCCCGGGUUGGCGACGCCGGCGCAGCUGCGCGACCUGGGCUCGCUGUCUGAGGCGUUCCGGUACGCGGCCCUGUUGUACACGGAACGGCUGGCCUCGCCCAACGUGCCGUCGAGCCACAGCAUCUUCCAGAACCUGGUGUCGCAGGUGGUGUACUACGCGACGAGCCUCGAGCCCGGCAGCGUGGCGGAGAAGUUCCUCCUGUGGCCGCUGUUCGUGGCGGGCAGCGAAUGCGUCAACGAGCUGCAGCAGAACAUUGUGCGGAGCAAGUGCCAGGACAUCAUGACGAGGUCCGGGUACAUGAACAACCUGGCGGCGCUCGACGUGCUGGAGAGGCUCUGGGCCGGGGACUGGAGCGAGCAUCACGAGCCUCGGAGCCCCGGGGUGGCGAAGAUGGAGGCUAUGCGACGAGGGCCGUUCAAUUGGACUCGGUGUAUCGGCGGGCCUGGUGUUGAGGUGGAGUGGAUCAUGUUCUGA